AUGGAGGUCGAUCGUACGAUGUCCGUACGAUCGGCUGUGAAAUUCUCGGAGCACGUUGUAACAACGAGUAAAUUGCUUCACAGAGACCCUCCGGCGUCGUCGAUUAAGCAGAGAAUCGUUAGAAUCACGCUAACUGAUCCCUAUGCUACCGAUUCCUCCAGCGAAGACGAAGAACGAGUCGUUAAGAGAGUGAAGAAGCACGUUUCUGUAAUCGAAUUUAGCACGCCGUCUCUGAAAUUCAAUAAAAGGAGUAGCGGAUCUACAGAGAAGAAGUUCAGAGGUGUUCGUCGGAGGCCGUGGGGCCGAUGGGCAGCGGAGAUACGUGAUCCGAAUAGGAGGAAACGAGUUUGGCUUGGGACGUUUGAUUCACCUGAAGAAGCUGCGGCGGUGUACGACGAUGCUGCCGUUAGAUUGAAAGGUCCCUCCGCCGUUACGAACUUUCCUCGUGUCACCGUUACAAAAACCGUUACCGUCGAUAAACCAAGCUUAACGACGACGACGACCACCACCAGUAGUAGCGGCAGCGAAGGAGUGUUGAACAACACCGCUAUGUCACCGACGUCCGUGCUCCGGGGGAACGCCGAGCAAACGCCGUUUGACAGGCUUGACUGCUUGGACAUGGAGUCUCUUGGAUUUGGUAUCGAUAUGCCGUUUGAUUUGCCGGAUUUUUUGGUGUCGGAGAAUUACUGCGGGGAGGAGUUCGGCGACUUUAACAUUGAUGAUUUUCUCGUUGACUUUCGAGAAAGUUAUUAA